AUGGAGAUCUCCGCAGCUACUCAAGUGCAGGAGGCCCAAGACUCUUUCCCUGGGGCCGCUGCUCACGAGGCAGAGUCGGGGCUUGCCCCUGCGGAAGGCACUGGGGGCUUUCCUUCCGGAGAAGCUUCGCGCAAGUUUCGGCGCUCGUUCAAGAGCUCCAAGUUUUUUCUUUCCUACGGGCCUUUUCUGGCAGUCACGCUGAGCAGCUUGGCACUCACUUACGCGCUCUUGAGCUGCUUUUUUUCAAUUCAAACGAGCCCCAAGGCGGGCGGGCUUGGCAGGUCGCUGGCAGGCGACCGGCGGCGGUCCUGUCACUGGGCUGUUGGCGCGGGAGAACGUGAAGACGGAGACAAUGGCGCGUGGGGAGGCCGUGAGGAAGAUGAGCGGGUGGAGAGUCCCCAGAGAGGGGAGGGCCCGGAGGAAAGGCCUCAGGCGGAGUCCGGGUAUGGGGAUUUGCCUCAAGGCGGCGCGGGACGGCAGAGAAGAGGGUCUUAUCCCGGGGAGGACUUGGAAGUUCCAGGCCCCAGCUCAAGUUCCUACAAUGAGGGGCCGUCGCAGCGCAUCUCGUGGCCUCAGAGGGAUUCAAGCAGCUCGUUUUCCAGUGCAGAUUCCCCCCAAAGCGGACUGCAGCGGGUGCCCAGCGCAGGAGAAAGUUCUGCACCCAAGGAGCCUCCCCGCCGCAAAAACGACUGGCUUCAUUUGAAGCACUUCGUCUCUUACGAAGGUUUGAAUCUGGAGGAGGCCGAAACCAUAAUGUUUGGCCGGCCGACCUACGGCAUUCAGGAACAACAGGAGUCGGAUGAGGAGAAGGGGCUGAGCCUGUGGAACGGGCGGAACAUGCCGAGCGCGGAAAGAGCGAAAGUCACGAGUUUAUUCAAGUGGAUGAGAGAGUCUUCGAGGCUGUGCAGGAGUCUGAUGAAUGUCUUGAGCACAGACAACAUGCUGCAGCUGACGUGGGCGGUGCUGAGGAUCCUGACGCUGGACGUGGCCACCCUGGCGCUCAUUCCCAGGGAUCUCGACGUGGCGAGGACCUGCACGGGCCAAGAAAUCAUGGAGAUGGCGGAUGCUGCGGUGGCGCGCGCGGAAAGCUGCAGAACCCACGGCUUUCUGGUGGGCCAGAUUCUGGCAGUGAAGCGCGUCCUGCGGCUGGCCUGUUUGCCGCGGCCGCCCACGGAAGACCUGACCAGCCGAAAGCGCAAGUACAAAACGCGGACGCUUCUCGCCACCAUGAAGGCCGUGGCGAACUACGUUUCUUACAUUUUGUUGGUGCUGGCCAAGUACGCCACCGUGGCUCCCCGAGAGCGCCUCGAACAGGUGGUGGCCCAGCAGGUCACCGUGCUCGAGGCUUUGUUACUAGAGCACACGAACUACGUGGCCCGCGACCGAAUUCUUCGCUACUGCAUCGUGGACGCUCAGAGACGCGAAGGCGCGUGGCACGUGAUCCCCUUCGAGCAGAUCUCCCAGUCUUUCGAGCCGCUUCCUUCAGACGGAGCUUUGAUUGCCAUGCUCAACAAUGCCGUGUGCAGGGCUGGGGGCCUCCCGAACUUGCCCGAAGUAACAGUGGGCCGUCUGGGCUUCAGCAGCGACCGCUUCCGGCCCGCUGCCUACAGUCAUGUGCUUUCGCGCCCCGCUGAGUACUACACACAGGCGAUCGUUGCGCAGCAGCAGCUGCAGCAGCAGCUGCAGCAGCAGCUGCAGCAGCAGCUGCCUUCCACCAUGCCCGUCUGCUCUGCCGUGCAAGAGGCCUCUGCUUCCCUGCAGGAGGGGCCGCCCCACGGUGCUCCGCCUCCUCCCAGUUCUCAUCCGGCUCUCCACCAGCACCUGCUGAAGCACCAUCAUAUCCAGCAGCUCCAGCAGCUCCAGCAGCUCCAGCACCAGAAGCAGCAGCUCCAGCAGCUCCAGCAGCUCCAGCAGCAACAGCAGCUCCAGCAGCAACAGCAGCAGAAGCAGCUGCAACAACAUCUGCAGCAGCUGCAGCAUCAGCAGGAGCAGCUCCAGCAGCUGCAGCAGAUGCAGCAAAUGCAGCAGAUGCAGCAGAUGCAGCAGAUGUUUCCGAGCCAGCAGCCCAAGCCACCGGUGCAGCGGCAUGUGGCGGACCUGCAGGGCCUGCAGGUCCAGCCAUCUUCGCAGCCGUUUCCACAAGUUGCAGCUUCACAGUCGCUUAUUCAUCUGCAGCAGCAGCUGCAGCGAGUUUCUCAGAAAAUGUUCCAGCAGCAGCAGCUGCAGCCGACCCUGCAGCAACCUUCCCUGCAGCAGCAGCAGCAGCCAACUCUCCAGCAACCGUCCCUGCAGCUGCAGCAGCCAACUCUCCAGCAACCGUCCCUGCAGCUGCAGCAGCCAACUCUCCAGCAACCUCCCCUGCAGCUGCAGCAGACAGCUUUGCAACAAUCUUCCGUGCAGCUGCAGCAGACAGCUUUGCAACAAUCUUCCGUGCAGCUGCAGCAGCCAACAAUGCAGCCAACUUCCGUGCAGCUGCAGCAGCCAACAAUGCAGCCAACUUCCGUGCAGCUGCAGCAGCCAACUAUGCAUCCACCUUCAAUGCAGCUGCAGCAGCCAACUGGGCAUCCAUCUUCCCUCCAACUGCAGCAUCCAACUCUGCAGCAAGCUGCCCUGCAGCAGCACCAGCAACGGGUAGCCGCGCAGCCCACUUUCCAGCAGCAACAGCAACAGCCGCCGCUUCCGCAACAUGCUGUCCUCCAAGAGCAGCAGAAGCAACAAACAACUCCGCAACAGUUUUUGCAGCAGCAGCAGCAGCAGCAAGAGCCAGUUAUCCAGCAGCUUUUGCAGCAGCAGCAACAACAACAGGCAGUUACGCAGCAGCUUUUGCAGCAGCAGCAGCAGCAGCAUCAACGGUCACUUAUGCAACAGCUUUUGCAGGAGCAGCAGCAGCAACACCCAGUUUCGCAGCUUUUGCAGCAGCACCAGCAGCUGUCUUCUGGGCAGCUUACACAUCAGCAACAGCAGCACCAGGGCGGAGUUCCGCGACAUCUGUUACAACAACUGCAGCAGCAAUUGGCUUCACAGGGGCAUUCCCGGCCGCUCGCAGUUUCGCAGCAGCAGCAGCAGCAACAACAGCCAGCUUUGCAGCACAUUUCCGAGGAGCAGCAGCGGUUGCCUGCUCAUCUUCUUCUCCAGCAGCUGCAGCAGCAAUCAGGUUCGCAACAGCCCCAGCGGCUGUGGCAGCCAGUUACGCAGCACCUUCCCCAACAGCAACAGCAGCCGCAGGAGCAGCAGCAGCCACCUCCGCAGCAAAUCCUCCAGCAGCAACUGUGGCAUACAGAUCCGCGUCACUUUCCCCAGCAGCAGCAGCAGGGAGCUUCGCAGCCCGUAGCCCAGAAGGCGCAGCUAGCAGCGCCGGACUACUUGCAAGAACCCCAGCAGCAAGUCUCGCUGCAGGCUUUGCCGCAGAAGCCGCCGUCAGUGAUCUCUUUGCAGGGCCUGCCCUCAACUGGCCUUCUGGCCCCCGCGGCCGGCGAGCCAACUCUCGCAGACCCGCCUGCAGCUGCCCAGCUGGGGACCCCAGCCGCAGCAGCACUGGGGGCCCCAGCCGCAGCAGCAAUGGGGGCCCCAGCCGCAGCAGCACUGGGGGCCCCAGCCGCAGCAGCAGCACUGGGGCCCGCAUCGGCACUGGGGCCCUCAAUGCUGCUGACGCCGGGCCGGCCGCCACGGCCAAGUCCCGCGGCUUCGGGCCCGCAAGUGCAGCUGCUGGAAGGCACUUCAGGCGUUGCUGGCCAAGUUCCCAUUGCCUACGGCCAGUUCGCCUCUUCGGAUCCUUCGGUGGCCCCAGUGGGCACUCGGGUCUCUGCAGAAGCUGGCCAGGGGCCUCCAGCUUUCCCCUUCGACGUGGAAGGCCAAUUCCCUGGCUUUCCAGGAAUUCAUUUCCCAAUAGGCGAGCCUGGAGUCAGGGCCUACGAGCUCUUUGAGGACGGCAGUGGACAGCCGCCGUGGCUGUUGCCCCCCCUGGGGUCUACGCGCCCGGCUGAGUGGCCCGGCCAGCACCACAAGCCCAAACGGCUUUAG